CUGUGUGCAGUCUGAGCUGUAUAUAACCAGCGCGCGAUCACUGUCCUGGUACCUUCCACAUCAAGUCAUUCACGAACUGAGUGAAGUGAGAUUUCUGAGGGACUUUCGGGCUCUUUAAGGAUACUCUUGAGGAAAAAUGGAUCCUUGCGAUUGCGCCAAGACUGGAACUUGCAACUGUGGUGCCACCUGCAAGUGCACUAAUUGCCAGUGUACAACCUGCAAGAAGAGUUGCUGUUCCUGUUGCCCGUCUGGUUGCAGCAAGUGCGCCUCUGGCUGCGUGUGUAAGGGCAAUUCCUGCGGCUCCAGCUGCUGUCAAUGAGGUCAACGUGAUGCUUUGCUACAGCAAUGUGAACUUGUUCGUCUGUGCUGCGCGUCUUCGUCUUUCCAUCGCAAUAAUAUAUUCUUUUGAUAAUAAAUGACCUCCAGUUGUUCUCAAAGUCUUUUGACUGUUUAAUAUGGCAAAAUCAUUUAACAAAGGCUAAAGAGGGAAAUGAUUCACGGAUUUGUACUGCUACAAAUAAGACUGACAAGAUGUCUGUUCUUUAUAAAAGGACAAUUGUAAAUUUUUCUGUAAUGUACUUUGUCUACAAAUAUAUCUAAAUGUCUGCAGAUAUU